AUGAAGCAGCUGCACUCACGACUCGUGUGCAUCCUCGACGCCUUAACCGCAUUCGAAGAGAGCGUGCCCCAUGUGUGUGAAGGCGCAUUUCUCGUCAAUAUAAAGACGAAUCGCGUCAGCUGCGUAUUCACACAAGCACGCACGUUCGAUGACGGGCACGAGGUGGCGGCACACCGUGUUGUGCUGGCGUCGCGAUUUCCGCAUUUGGAGCAAGCAGUGACGAACUGUGUGGGACGCAGGUUGAGGUGGCGACGAUAUGACAGAGACAUAGUGGAGGCAGUAGUGAGGUUUGCGUACACCGGCAGCAUCGAAAUCUCCAUGGACAACGCUGUGCGGCUUUUUCUGCUGGCAAGUAACCUGGGUUCUCGCACAAUCACCUCCUGGUGCGCCGAAUUCCUUCGACCCAGGGUUUCCAGAGAGAAUGUAGAACAAAUUUGGUCGGUUGCGAAUGCAACCAAGAAUACGCGCAUGAUAGACCUUUGCGUGCCAUUUAUUGCUGCCCACUUCGACGCCAUCACCACAGGCGUGAAGUUUCAAUCUACCACAGAACCAGACAGUCUGUCGACUUUGCUGAGCGAUGAUCGACUAGUUGGUGUGGCGGAGGCCGCAAAGUUGCGAGCUGUUGCCAUGUGGUUCGAAGCUAAUCGCACUGCAAACACGGAGGAUUUGACUGAGUUCGUCGGCGGUUUAGAUAAUUCUCUCGGAGCUAUUGAUCUUGGCAAAAUCACCUCGGAUGACUUCGUCGAGUUUUGCAUGUCAGACUGCUGGAUAAACCUCCGGAGGGAAUUCAGCAGAGAUCUAAUCAGUAAUGCCUGGAAGGAAGUGAGAAUGAGAGGACCCACUCAUGACUACUUAAUCGCUUACACUGACCCUAGUAAUGAGGUGACAUUCGCCACAUCAGAGUGGGAAGAAUUUGAGAAAAAAAUCUUAGGCAGAAGCUCUGGGGCACAACUUCCGACGGUAGACGUGAAUUUUCGACUCACUAUGCCAUCACGUUCCGAAUGCGCAGUUGUCAUGUUGAGUGAAAGCAUGUACAUGAUCGGUGGCAGGGAUGAGAAAGGAGAAGUGUCGAGGCUGGUUGACCGCGUGGACCCCUUCGACGGUCGCGUCCUCGGUGCAGCGCCGAUGGAGCACGAACGCUGCUCGUUUUCUGCUGCCGCUGAUUUCAGCGGUCAACAGCUCCUCGUAUUUGGAGGAGAAAAUGGUGGCUGCUUUAUCGCUGCAUACCUGCUCGACUGGGCAACCGAUAAUGGGAUAAUCGAUUUACGAACUUUGUAUAUCAGCAAUCACUGGCUGGCUAUCCUACCGCGCUCUGACACUCGAUUCGCUGGUCUGGAGAUGGCAAAAUUGGAGACCUAA